AUGAGUGCUAUUACCCUCACUAGCUCCGAUGGAGUCGACAUUUCUGUUGAGCGCACCACUGCUGAGCGCUCCGUUUUGAUCAAGAACAUGCUCGAGGAUCUGGGCGAUUCCGGAGAAGCUAUCCCCAUCCCUAACGUGAGUCAUCGAGUGGUGCGAGCACCACAAGAACGAUCCCCCAGUGCCAGCGAUGACGAUGACAACCGUCGCAAGACCACCGACAUUGAUGAGUGGGACCAGAAGUUUAUGCAGGUGGACCAGGAGAUGCUCUUUGAGAUCAUCCUCGCUGCCAACUACUUGGAUAUUAAGGCCCUCCUCGACGUCGGCUGCAAGACAGUCGCUAACAUGAUCAAGGGCAAGUCCCCGGAGGAGAUCCGUAAGACCUUCAACAUCCAGAAUGACUUCACUCCUGAGGAGGAAGACCAGAUCCGCCGCGAGAACGAGUGGGCUGAGGAGUAA